AUGACCUCUCCGUGUCCCCUCCCGGCUCCGGCUGCACUCCAGCCCACCGUCCAUGGCCUCUCCCAAAUAACCAGCAGCCUGUACAUCAGCAACGGCGUGUCGGCCAACAACCAGGGCAUGCUGUCCAGCAACCACAUCACCACGGUCAUCAACGUCUCGGUGGAAGUGGUCAACACCUUCUACAAGGACAUCCAGUACGUCCAGGUGCCGGUGGCUGACGUCCCGAGCUCGCGCCUCUGCGACUUCUUUGACCCGAUCGCUGACCACAUCCACAGCGUCGAGAUGCAGCAGGGCCGCACGCUGCUGCACUGUGCCGCGGGGGUGAGCCGCUCGGCCGCCCUCUGCCUGGCCUACCUCAUGAAGUACCACGCCAUGUCUCUGCUGGACGCCCAUGCGUGGACCAAGUCGUGCCGCCCCAUCAUCCGGCCCAACAACGGCUUCUGGGAACAGCUCAUCCACUACGAGUUCAAGCUGUUCAGCAAGAACACCGUCCACAUGGUCAACUCCCCCGUGGGUGUGAUCCCUGACAUCUACGAGAAGGAGGUCCGUGUGAUGAUGCAGAUGUGA